AUGAACACACCACUGCAUGCCGCAGCAGCGGUGGGCGACAUUAGGGCUCUUGUGAGGAUAAGCAGGGUUAGCAGCACUAAUGUUAACGCCGUGGAUGAAGAGGGACGUACGCCCUUGCACAUCGCCGCAGAGAAGGGAAAUAUGGAGUUUGUACGGAUGUUGUUCCGGAAAUUCAACGGUGUUGACACAACGAUUCUUGACAACAGUAGCAAGACGGCUGUUCAGCGGGCGCCGGUGGAACAGCAACAGCAGUUAACACUCCUCCUGUCAGUGGAGGAAGCUAAUACAAUUGCACGUGCUAAGGACAAUUUAAACGUUAAGAGGGAGAAGGAGGAGGAGGAAAAUGUGUACAAGGACCAUGACGUGGAAGGCUCUGAUAUGGUGAACCCGCAGGUACUUCGUAAGAUUGUCAUCUGCCUUUUGGUGCCGUUUGUUUACCCCCUGUUAAACAUGGGGACCAUCUUCGUCCUCCAGUACGCUGCCCUGACAUUCGUCUUCUACUUCGUUGUGGUGGGCUAUUUUCUAUCGGAAUUUACGAUCAAGCCGCCGUGGUACCAUCACCAUCCAAAGAGUAAUGAGUUGACGGCCCGUGGUUGCCCUGACUAUUGGAACGGUUGCGUUAACGACCCGUUCAAAGACUUGGGGCUGCAGUUCGAUAACGUAUCUUUCAUUUCUACAGACCAAUAUGUACUUCGUGGAUGGCAUGUCCCACCACCGAGUGAUAAGCCGCGGGGAAUGGGUGUCGUCCUCGUGCACGGCGGUGGUAGGGACCGUCGGGCGUGGCUCCGUCAUGUUCCUUUCCUUCACAAUGCAGGAUACGGAUGCUUACUGUUUGAUUUCCGCGAGCAUGGGCUGAGCGACGGUAACAUGCGCGGUUUCACAUAUGGCAUGAAAGAGAGGUUUGAUGUAGUAGCAGCAUGCCACUUCAUGCGUUCCGAAUGUGGUUACAACCGUAUCUGUGCAAUGGGGACAAGCGUGGGCGCGUCGUCAGCGAUCAUGGCUGCUGCAAUUGACAAAACCAUUGAUAUCAUAGUGGCGGAGAAUGCGAUUCUGACCUGCGCAGCACUGCAGGAUCAGCAGAUCGUUAACAUUAUCGGCGGUUACUUUGCCAGACGAGUGUACAGUACCUUCUUUUUUAACCUCCUUCGUAGAACUGCGUCGUUCUGGCUCAACUACCGUAUAGGCAACAAGCCCAGCAAGCACUGUCAAGCGCUGCACUGUAUUGCAAAAGUGUCUCCACGACCCAUCUUACUUAUGCAUGGUACUGCCGACGAGCUCGUCCCGUGCCGCCACUCUCAGAAGUUGUUCGAAGAGGCCUCUGAGCCGAAGGAGUUGUACCUCGCAGAGGGGGCGUUCCACUGCGGGUUGCACAACACACAUAAGGAGGAGUACGAGGCGAGGGUUUUGGGCUUCCUCCAGCGGUACGGUGGGGGGUGA